GUGAUUGAGAGCAUUGGCGCGUGCCGCUGGAGUUGCGUCCGAGGCGCGCUCGCGAUUCACAACAGUGAGGCGGAGCUGGGAUUGGAUCAGCAACCACAGAAGUCUGACUGAACAGAGUACCUCCACACACUCGCCUACAAGAGCAGGAAAUUCCCUUGCAGAAAAAGUCGCGGAGGAGUGUUAAGCGCUUUUUAAAACCAACCUUCUAUAUGACCAAGAGGAGGAUAGCGAGGCUUGUGACCAAGCAGCCCAGACUCGGUAUCAAGACGGGUAGUAGAGGAGCACAUAGCCGGUGAAGUGUCUCUGGAGCGGUGAGAUCAGCCCAGUCACCCCACAUACAUACCGAACCGGCCUGCUGCUCUUAGCCUGUUGCUGCUGUGUGUGUAUCAUCUUAUCGUAUCAUUCAGUCGUAUAUAUCGCUGACACGUCUGUACGUAGUUUAGAGUUGUUUUAUCUUUGUUUAGAGGCUGGCUGCUGCGUAUUGUUUCGGUUGUUGUUGGACUGAAGCGCCCAGCCCCAACUGGCUAAUCAGUUAGCUGCAGCAUGUCGUCGUGUUAAAAGCCUCUUCUCGGGUACGAUAUAGUUCAUAUCUCAUUUUCUGAACACCUGACAAAACAUGCCUGACGAAGGGGCACGGCACGUCAACACAUAUAAAGUGGUUUCUCAAAACACACCGGCUAAAGUGAAAUCUGUGCGACACAAUCUCAUUUAGUUCAGCGAGGAACUGUUUAUGGUCUUCGCAGGAUCAACUGGAUUAAACACCGAACAUGUUUGUAUUAUUGAUGACACUGCUCCUCACUUAAGGGUCUUUAUUUUUAAACUGUGAACGUAUUGUGUAAUUCAGCUCGUGUAUGAAGACACACUGAAUGGAUAACUAUUUUAACACUCUUACUCUGACUAGUAUGGUUAUCUGAAUGUCCCCUGUCAUCUGUGGAGUUACUGGACAUUUGCAAGAGACUAAUUCACACGGAGGAGGGUUUAUUUGGCUAUUUUCGGUGGAAAAAGUCGAGGGAAUUUCACCUCUCAAUCCUUAGGCUGCUUGAGUGAGUCCCCGAUGCGGAGGGGCUGAGUGCGCCCGGGACAUGCUGAAGUGUAUCCCGCUGUGGCGGUGUAACCGUCACGUUGAGUCCGUGGAUAAGCGGCACUGCUCGCUCACUGCGGUUCCCGAUGAGAUCUUCCGCUACAGCCGCAGUCUGGAGGAAUUGCUCCUGGACGCCAACCAGUUGAGAGAGCUGCCUAAGCCUUUCUUCAAACUGCACAAUCUGCGAAAGCUGGGCCUAAGUGACAACGAGAUUCAGAGAUUAUCGCUUGACGUGGCAAACUUCACUCAGCUGGUAGAGCUGGACAUCUCCAGAAAUGAUAUUUCUGAAAUCCCAGAGAACAUUAAAUUCUGUCAGGCCUUGGAGAUUGCAGACUUCAGCGGAAACCCUCUGUCCAGGUUGCCUGAUGGCUUCACACAGCUCAGAGGUCUGGCUCACCUGUCACUCAAUGAUGUGUCACUGCAAUCUCUACCCAAUGACAUAGGGAACUUGUCAAACUUGGUGACUCUAGAGCUGAGGGAGAAUCUACUGAAAUCUUUACCCACCUCACUUUCCUUCCUGGUUAGACUGGAACAGCUGGAUCUGGGCAGCAAUGUACUGGAAGUUUUGCCUGACACACUUGGGGCACUGCCCAAUCUUCGUGAGCUGUGGUUGGACAGAAACCAGCUCUCCUCACUACCUCCAGAGCUGGGGAACCUGCGGCAGCUGGUUUGCUUAGACGUGUCAGAGAAUCGUCUAUCAGAGCUUCCCACCGAGAUCAGCGGCCUUAUCGCUCUCACUGACCUCCUGCUCUCCGAGAACCUUCUGGAAAUCUUGCCAGACAGCAUUAGUUCGCUUAAGAAAUUGUCCAUUCUGAAAGUGAACCAGAACCGUCUUGUGCAUCUCACCGACUCCAUUGGCGAUUGCGAGAACCUGACAGAGCUAAUGUUGACUGAGAACCUUCUCCAGUCUCUUCCCCACUCUCUUGGUAAGCUGAAGAAGUUGACCAACUUGAAUGUGGACCGAAACCACUUAAACAGCGUGCCUGCAGAAGUUGGAGGAUGUCUUGGCCUGAACGUGCUCUCCCUCAGAGAUAACAGGUUGGGUAAACUUCCCGCUGAGCUUGCCAACGCCAUAGAGUUACAUGUGCUGGAUGUGGCUGGCAACAGGUUACAGAACUUGCCAUUUACAUUGGCCAAUCUGAACCUGAAGGCCAUGUGGCUGGCAGAGAACCAGUCUCAGCCCAUGUUGAAGUUCCAGACUGAGGAUGAUAAGAGGACUGGGGAAAAAGUUCUCACAUGCUACCUGCUGCCCCAGCAGCCCUCAUCUAGCCUCGAAAAUCUUCUGGACAGGAGCGCUGAUGAGACCUGGCCCACGGACACUAAUCUGAACAGAGUGUCAGUCAUUCAGUUCCGGGGUGACUCAAAAAAUGAAGAGGAAGAUGAGGAGACUGCAGCAGAGAGGAGGGGUCUUCAAAGGAGAGCAACACCACAUCCCAGUGAGUUAAAGGUGAUGAAGAACGUUAUUGAAGCCAGAAGAAAUGAGGCUUACACAGCUAAACCAGAUGGAGUUCUGGAGUCCCCAGACUCUGAGGAGAAGCGAUUGAGUGGGCUUUCCAAUCAAAGUCACGAUUCUCAGGCAUCCAGUAGCACCGCCUCUGCCACUUCUCAUGAUGAGAGGCGGGGUGUAAACAAUACAGGGGUGGAGCCUAAUAAUGGACAUGGUCAAGAGGAGGAGGAGCUUGAUGAGAUGGAGGUGGAAUAUACUGAGCCUACUGUGCACUUUGCCGAAGAGCCUAUCAUCCGUGGUGGUGGUGAUGAUGAGGAUGACAAUGAAGAAGAGGAUGAAGAUUAUGCCGACCGGAGUGAUGAGGACUCUCGAACACCCCCUUUCCCUGCUGAGAAACAGCGGCUCAUACGUAAAGACACACCACACUACAAAAAGCACUUCAAAAUCACCAAGCUGCCCAAGCCUGAGGCUGUUGCCGCCCUGCUGCAAGGCUUCAGGCCUGACGGCCUUUCACCUCCUGCUCACACCCCUGAGGACGAGAGGGAUGGUGAGGAGGAGGAGGAAGAGGAAGAAGAAGAAGAGGGAGGAAUAUCAGUGAAUAUUCCUUUCCAGCACAGACUAGAAACAGCUGAGCUAGAAGACAGCAGGCUGAGUCAGGUGAACUCGUCCCUGCAGCCGGUGAAGCUGACCCUGACCAUCCUGAGGCAGACUGGUGGGUUAGGCAUUAGCAUAGCAGGUGGAAAAGGAUCGACACCCUUCAAGGGUGAUGAUGAGGGUAUUUUCAUCUCUAGAGUGUCAGAAGAAGGCCCAGCAGCCCGUGCUGGGGUCAAAGUGGGAGACAAACUUCUUGAGGUAAACACUGUAGACCUAGAUGGAGCAGAGCAUCACACUGCUGUUGAGGCCUUGCGUAACUCGGGGGCAGCUGUGGCUAUGACUGUUCUGCGGGAACGCAUGGUGGAACCAGAGAAUGCCAUCACCACAACACCUCUGCGACCGGAAGAUGAUUAUUUCCCCCGGGAAAGACGGUCUAGUGGUUUGCCUUUCCUCCUAGAACCGGGCUCACCUGCUGUUAGCGCUGGACCUUGCCAGCGACUAGCCACUUGUCUGGUCCGCAACGAUAAAGGUUUAGGGUUCAGCAUCGCUGGAGGGAAAGGGUCAACACCGUACCAAGAAGGAGACAAGGGAAUCUUCAUCUCUCGCAUUGCUGAAGGAGGAGCUGCUCACAGAGACAACAUCCUACACGUGGGUGACAGGGUCAUAUCAAUCAAUGGUGUAGACAUGACAGAGGCCAGACAUGACCAGGCAGUAGUGCUUCUUACUGGCACCUCACCCACCAUCACCCUGCUGGUCGAGCGGGACCAAGCCAGUGCAGGGGGAGGCUCCCCUCGAACACGGCCUCAUUCCCCCCCUCCUCCAGAGCCCUCUGAGUCCCCUGAUCAAGAAGAUGGAGGAGACGAGCUCCUUGGAAACAAUCUCAGUAGCCCCAUGGAAGAUGAAUACCCCAUUGAGGAAGUCAUGUUGAUCAAAGCAGGUGGUCCCCUGGGUUUGAGCAUUGUAGGUGGUAGUGACCAUGCCAGCCACCCAUUUGGAAUUAAUGAGCCUGGUGUGUUCAUCUCAAAAGUCAUCCCUAAUGGUUUGGCCUCUCAGAGUGGGCUGCGUGUGGGCGAUCGCAUCUUGGAGGUUAAUUCCAAUGACCUGCGACAUGCCACACACCAAGAAGCUGUUCGAGUCCUGCUCUCCAACAAGCAGGAGAUCCGCAUGCUUGUGCGCAGAGAUCCUUCGCCCCCUGGCAUGCAGGAAAUUGUCAUUCACAAGCAGCCUGGAGAAAAGCUUGGCAUCAGCAUCAGGGGCGGAGCUAAAGGCCAUGCAGGCAACCCCCUUGACCCCACAGAUGAAGGCAUCUUCAUUUCCAAGGUGAGCUCCAGUGGUGCAGCUGCUCGAGAUGGCCGUCUGCGGAUAGGCAUGCGUAUUCUGGAGGUGGGCAACAACAGUCUGCUGGGAAUGACACACACUGAAGCAGUGAGGGUCUUGCGUGCUGCUGGUGAUUCCCUAGUGAUAAUUGUGUGUGAUGGCUUUGACCCAAGAAACAUGGAGGCAUCUCCUGGUAUUAUUGCAAACCCGUUUGCUGCAGGUAUUGUUCGUAAGAACAGUAUGGAAAGCAUCUCGUCAGUGGACAGAGAUCUGAGUCCUGAAGAGAUUGACAUCAUGCAGAAUGACGUGGAGAUAGCGAGGGAGACGUCACAGUGGGAAUGGGAGGAGAUGGAAAAAGUGGAGCGCAUGCGCUUGGAGCGCGAGGAGGCAACUCGCUUGCUGGAGGAGGAAACUGAGAACUUGAGCACUGGACCACUGAAACUGGACUACAAGACACUCGCAGCACUACCGCAGACUAGUCUACAGAAAGUUAAUCGAGCUUCUCCAUCUGAGCCUCUCCGGUUUGACAGUCCAGUGCGAGAUGCAGCAUACUCUCCAUACAAUUCACAGCAGUCUCACAAAUCUUCUUCUGUGGUGCUUGGAAGGGAGGUUCGAUAUUCAAACAUCCAUUUCCCCUCAAAUGCAAACACCAAGGAUAAUUCAUCAACUAAACCUGGUGCCAUCCAGCCUCACUCUCGGGUGCAUCCCACUGCAUCUCCAGUCAGUCAGGAUGGCCACAGCAGUCCCAACCCUUUCCAGCACAGUCUCUCUCCCAUCAAUUCCCAGACCACUCCUCGUGCCCCAUCCCCUGACACAACUGAGGGAUUCCCCGUCAAUAUCAAGCAGGUAUAUAAGACCUUCGCAGCUGUGCCACACUCCUUGGCCGUACUGGAACCCCCGCAGGAUCUGUACGCUCAGAGGAACAACGUUAACGUAAAGCAACCAUCACCAGAGCCUGAGCUGAAUAAUGAGGUGUUUAUGGAUGAGGGUGUUGUUGAGGGCGAUGGUCCUCUCCCCCCUCGUCCCUCCCUCGAGUACCGCAAUGAGUACAGGAGCCUGGCAGCCGUGCCACGCCUGUCUCGCCCCUCAGUGGAAUCAAAGACACCCUCCUCUUUUAGCAGAGACAGCCCAGAACAGCGCUCUUUCAGAGACAGACAGAAAUAUUUUGAGAUUGAUGUUAAGCAGCAGACACCAGACAAUAAACCCAAACCUCGUGUCUCGCUCGUGGGAGAAGAUGACUUGAAGAAAAUGAAAGAGGAGGAAGCAAAACGAAUUGAACAGAGUGCACAAGAGUAUAUGCUGGAUGAAGAUGAAGAGGAUGAGGAGGAAGAUCUGGCAAAGCAGAUGGCAGAUAUGAAGGCUCAAGGAAAGGUUAUCCUAGAUGGUGUGGAGUAUAAAGUUGAGAGUUUAGGAAGCCAUGGUUCCCCAUCUCCGAGGCUGUGUGCCACACCCCCAAGCUAUAGUGCGACACCUCCCAGCCACUGUGGCAGCUCAGGUCCUUCCUCUGUCGAUGGCAAGGGAGACUCCCUUGAUGGCUUUAGACUGGAGCAGAGACCAAAUGGCAUGACAGGUCUGAUCCCAGUUCAUCCUGGUGAGUCUGCUGCCCCCGUUCGGACAGCAAAAGCAGAGCGCAGGCAUCAAGAACAAUUGCGUAUGCGGAGCCCAGAGCUAUCCGUCGCUGUGGACAAGGAGCUGUCACCUGCAGAAAAACGAGCCCUGGAGGCAGAGAAAAGGGCCAUGUGGAGAGCAGCCAGGCCUUACGGUCUAGAGGAGGACGUAAGGCAGUAUGAGCAGGACCUGGCUAAGCGGCUCUACCAAUCCCGUGUGAGGGCAUCACUAGGCACAGCUGCAGCCCCUCCCACUUCCUGUUUCUCCUCUUCUUGUCAGCCAAGGAUGAAGUCUCUAGAGCAAGAUGCUCUGAAGGCUCAAAUGGUCAUUGCCAAGUCUAAAGAGGGGAAGAAGCGUGGAGCCCUGGAUCAGUUGUCGGAAUCACCGUCUCCUGCCCCCACACCCUCUCCUACACCCAUGGAAGAUAUCAGUCCAUGGGCAGUAACUUCACCAGGAAGACUGUCCCUGUCAGAAAAGAAGUUUGACUACCGAAAAUUCGCUGCCAUUCCUUCUUCCAAACCCGUUUACGACAUUCAGUCCCCUGGGGCAGCAGAGGACAUGCACUUCAUGGAUGAUGCAUCCAGUAACCCAGUAUCUGUUGUAGAUACAGAAGUUCCUGUGACCACCACCUCUGCUCUGGAGGAGAUGGCUCUCUACAGUAACAAACGCAAACUACGACAGGGCCGCCGCAGCCUGGAGGGCCCUGUGCCCACAUAACCGCACACUCACAAACUUAUGUAUCUGAACUGUGAAGAUAAAACUCGUGUAGUGAUAAUCUAAAGUGAAGAGAUGUCGCAAAUGGCUUAGAAUGCUCUGAAAUACACAUCUGUACACAGGUAUUCAACCACACUUAUUUUAAUGCCACCACAACAUAUGUAUGAAGAUGAGCCGAUAGGCCAACAGCCUCUUGUCUCCUCAACACUAAUCAUGCCUUUGCAGUUGGCAUUGAAAUGGAUUGCUCAGAUUUUAUUAUAAAAGGUCCAGAGAAUGGCAAAAUCAUUAUCUGUCCACUAUACCUGUUUUCUCCCAUCUUUAUCUCUGUCAGAAUUUUAGCAGCAGAAUUAAAAGAUGACUUAAAUUUAUUUUAAACACUCUUGAAAUCAUAACCAUUCUGGACUGAAAACAAUAUAUUUUAAAAUGUACUUGCUGUGUGUAUUUGUUUUGGGAGAUCUGUUAAUCAGUUUGAAAACAACAUACUGCUACCUUCACUGCCCCAUAUAAGCCAGACUUUAACUUUUAUUUUUUAAUUCAGAAAAAAAAACAUUUUUAUUCCUUUUAAAUGUAAUUUAUUAAUGAAAUAUAUAUUGUUUUUAAUCUGUGGGAAUCCAUUACAGAAGGCAACAUAUAUUAAGGCUUUUGACAUUUGGAUGAGCUGAUUACUUGUGAUUUGGAAUUGACUAAGUUUCUUGCACCCAACAUUGAAGUCUAAAUCAGAGGCCUUGUAAUUAAGCUUUAUUAUCAUUUUGUAUGAAAUGUUCUUCUUUUAAGAUGAUGCAAAUGAAUGUAAUGUUUUUGAAAGGUUGCAUCUGACCUAAUUCAAAGAUCUGUUAUAAACCUGUCAUCAUGCCAGAUCAUGAAGCUUGACCUACUAUAUUUGAGCAGCUGCAUUCUAAUCCUUUUAAUAGACCUCUAGUCAUCCUAUACUGGACUAGGAGAGUAAAAUGAAGUGGAUAAUGGUUUCAUAAGACAUCUUUUUUUCCUUGGUAAUCCACUUUACCCUCCUUUCUAGAGAAUGCUACAAUGUAAUCUUAAUUUGUUUUCCACUCUUUGGACCAUGUUGUACAUCUCUGUGUUUAAUCGUUCACUUUGAUAAAUGGAGUGACCACAGUGGAGAAUUUUACACUUUGACAGCCAUAUCAUACCACAAACUGUCUUUCAGCAGUCUUUGCCUCACCUCACUAUGAACGUAUGGUACCAUUCUUCUAACACUGGGAGUGGGAGGGAAAAUAUCAUCCUUUGAGACCUUCUGGUCUCUAUUAUAAACAUGCAUCUCUCCUUGGGACUUUACUCUGACAGGUGUGUGAAGGUAGUAGAUAUAUAUUUUUCACUUUUAGUUUUUCUAAUCUAUAUUUUAAUUAGUUUAAUGCCACUAAAAGCAUUUUGUGAAUAAUGUACAAAAGUUGAAAAAGCUAAAAUUAUAGUUGAAUCUGAGCCUUUUUGCCCCAAGACCAAACUAAAGUCUAGAGGGUGUAGAUGAUUCUGUUACGGUCUUUACUGAGUGAUCCAUGUGUGUAUAUUUGCUUAUUGCAAUUUUGCAAGUUUUCUUUUAAUCGUGUGUGGAUAAAGGCGAAAGACUUUGGUUAUCCCUUAAAAUAACAGGUUUUAUUUUGCUGUUCUCAAACCAGUUGUUCACUUUAACUGCCAUCAACACUGGCCCGAUGAACUUGUCAUUCAUAUAAAAUGUUUGUUUGUUUGUUUUUUAAUUUUACUAAUCUUUGCUUUUGUGAUUUGCUCAUUGACUGAAAUUCAGUUCUGGUUAACACUUUGGGAAUGGCUGAUUUUUUUUUUAUUUUUUUUUUUUUUUAUUAUUAUUAUUUUAUAAAUCAUAGUUUGAGAAGUUGGUUUUCUGUAACCAAUGGUAUAAUGGGAUUCACUACAUUUUUACAUUUUAAAAGAGCAGAAGAGUUUGAUCUGUCUUUGUUUUCUUGAUUUGUUGUUGGGGCGGUUUCUUUUUUAAUUUGCUAAUGGGGAGGAUGGGAUAGAAGGUCUUGGGAUAGAGCUCAUUCAGGACUGUAACUAGUGAAUUUGUACAACCAAAGAAGUCUAUUUUGUGGUUCAG